AUGGCGGGGUCCCAAAACCUGGAUCCUGACUUUGGAAGUCUUGGAACCAGAGAGGAGGAUUGGCUCGAUGUCGAUGGAGACCUUGAUACAGAGGAGGGCACCGAGGCCAUGCGCCGCGCCGAAGUAGCCCUACACGCGACGAUCGAGCGCUCCAUCUUUCAGCGAGACGCACAAUCGGCCCACGGCGAUAUUCCAAGGGCCCUCUACAUUAAGGCCCAAAACCAACAGGAACAGCUCACAAACGACGAGCGGCGGCUCCUCCUCAGCCGCGGCGAUGUCGUGGGCAAGGCACUCGCUCGUCCUAACUUCCUCUCAAUAGAUGAGAUGCACCAAGCGCUCCUCUGGCCACCGCCAGACGUGGUGCGCGCCAACAUUCAACGCGCCACGAGCGGGCAGCUCAGCACGCCCAUCGAGCUUUAUGCCAAGGGGAAGGAUGCGCUAGAUCGCGGCCAAUUCAGCAGGAUGUUGAACGACGAUGAGGUUGCGCUGCUGGCGCGCCAUUUUCACACCAGAGACGACGCAACCUUUUCCGAAGUGGCAUUAUCGCAAGUUUUAGGCCAGCCUGGGGCCGCUCAGGCCGCAGAGCUGCUGUCGAGUAUACUAGGACUGGACUUCGCCGUCUUUCAUGCUGCCUUGGUGUGUGAGGUGGGCCAGUACCAACCAAUGCAACAGAUGACACCGGCGUUUUCUAGCCUUGAGGCGAUACAGUCCUUUGCCAUGUUAGAACCGGCUCCCCACCAGGCGCAGGGGCAUUCAGGGCAGAGACAACGGCCUGGCGAUGUCAUCAACGCCAUGACAGCUCUCCAUGAGCAGAAUCAGCUCGGCAACCUUACGGACGAAGAGGUGGCCGCUCGGAAUAACGAAUACCUCGCCACUAUACAAGCAUUUUCACAGAUUCCAUCUCUUUUUUCUGCUAUCGGCUCUCCGUCACCAUGGCCGGUCAGAGCUCCUCCCUCGCGCGCUGACCGCUUCGGAUCUGGCCCAUGGCCACCUACAGCUACGCCGUGCACCCCCAUCACCCUGUUCGCUAACGAAGCGGGGUUUUCAGGUUACGAUGUUGAGCAUGAGUGGUCCGCGCUGCCCGAAGUACAAAAGGCAACUUACCGUGCUCGGUCGGAGAUGCUACGACGUGAGACUGGAGUUCAGUAUGAGACAGCUCUAGCCGAAAGGCCGGUUUCUUCAGCUCUUUCCUUCCCAGGACAACAGCCGCAACCAGUUAGGAGCUUAGCAGGGCUUGCGAGCCGUGUGGAGAGGCUUCCCGGUGUGCCCGCGCGGCCGGGAAUAAUCACAGGGCUGAGCGUGUUUCGCGAUGAGCAAGAAACUAACUGGCAGGAAGUGUUGAGACGGUGGGAAGCUCUGCCUGAAGAGAAGAGACAGGCGUAUGAGGCUAGGGCUACGACGUCUAAUGCUGCUGCAAGAGCUGCUUUUGAUGAAGGGAGCGUAUCGUAA